AACCCCAUACAAAAGCUCCCCGGACCAGACCAUGGGCGGUGGGUCCUGGGUCGUGCAGGAGGGCUUCUUGCUCUGCAGGCGCGAUGGAGUCGCGUCCCCACACAGCGCAGGUGCCAGGCCUCUCAACGGGAAGCCAACUGUUAGCAGUAAGGGCCUUACGGAGAUUUAUGUAGUGCUCACAAUGAACCGCAAGCUCGAGUUCUUCGACAACAGCGACGGCGAGACCCGCAACAAGGUGGAUACUGCGUAUCUGCUCGGGUUCGGUGGUUGGGAUGGAGAUGGUCUACUCAAGGUGGACUCGUACGGACUGGAGCUCAAAGUAGAGCGCAACGCCAAGUCGCGGAUGCAUCUGGCAGCUUUCAACCGCGUGGACCUCGAGAAAUGGUGUCGAGGGUUCAUGGCUGUACUAGAUCCCCAUAGUGCAGCAGGGGAGGAAGUCCGACGUGAACGACGUCGAGUUAAGAAGGAAGAAAAGAGGCUGCAACAAGAAAAAGAGGAGCAGAUCCGCAAGUGGAAGGAGAAGAAGGCGCGGAUGAUCAAGGAGGAGCAGGACCGACUACUAGCUCGAGAGGAAGAGAUUAACAAUAUGACGCCGUUGGAACGGAUCGAUGAUAUUGGCUCACUAGACGACGACACAGCCAGGAUGCUGGAGAAGAGGAAGCAGAGACUACAGCGUCGACAUGCACCUACUAUGGGAAGAGUCAACAAGGCUGCAUACCGACGGCGUCUGGAGGAAGCAGCAGGAGGGAAAACGGAGAAUGUUCAACCCUUACACACCAAAGUGGUGGAGCAGAAGGCGAAAAUUCGCGUGGAACUUCCUCCUCCAGGACAAUUUUUCGAGGUCGGUGGUGUUGUACACACUGACUCGCCGGUGCGCCUGGGAUCCUCUGGGAGUGACAUAUCGGACAGUUCUUCCAUGUCAUCUCGACUUUCUUCAGUGUCGUCUGCGACCGGCUCCAGAUAUGAUGGUGGAAUGGGCAACGUGCCUCCUCCCCCGCCACCGCCUCGCUGGUCCAGCAGUUCUCGUAUCUCCGUGUCUUCUAGAGCGUCAAUGGGCAUUCCCCCUCCACCGCCGCCUCCUCCACUCUUCGACCACGAGAGUUUCAAUGACGGCGAGCCUCGAUUCUCAAGGUCCAGCAGCAGUUUACGCAGUGCAUCGUUUGAUUCCUUUGCUUACGAUCGAGACGAAGACCUCAUCGCAUCCCGCGCGUCUUUUUCGCAAAGCACUCGUCGUAUUUCGAGUGCAGACAAGAACAAACAACAUGUUCAAGACAAUUUGGCUGCAAUUUUGGGUGGUGGGAGACCAAAAUCUACGUCUCGAGCAUCUCGCACGAGCCGCCGCGACUCGUUUGGGUCCACAAUGAGUUCAAUAACAACAAAUACUUACGCGGUGCCUGACAGGAAACCAAAGAAGAAUGCGAACCGAUCGAAUGGAAGUAAUAGCCCUCCAGCUCCUGAGCCUUCGAUGGCAAACGCGUUCGCUGCGAGCCUAGCAGCGAUCCGUCGUAACCGUGCAGACACUGUUGAGGAGAUGAGCGUCGCCAGCAGUGCAUUAAGUCCCGUAGAAGCAAACGGGAAGGUGCGCAAUCGGAAACGUGAUUCUCAGCUGAGUGCUGAAGGGAAGGAGAUCUUGAAGAAGGCGAUGGCGCAGGAUGCACCAUCCAAACCCAAGACACAGUCGAACUCUGGUCGUAGAGGAUUAUUCGAUGAUAGUAGCAGCGAGGAGGACGAUGAUUCCGAUACUGGACUAUUUGGUGUGGGUGGAAGGAAAAGCAAGGCGGCAAAUGGCAACUCUCGUGUUUCAACCAGUAUGCGUUCCAGUGAUUUGAGUGUGGCUGCGCGCCCAACGCCGGUGAAGAAGGCGGCCCUUGCGCCGUCUGUGAGCAGUGAUGAAGUAUCAAGCGACUCCGAAUCCGACAAUGAUAUCUCAUUCUCCGCGCAGCCACGCAAAACGGAGUCUACAAGUCCCAAGAAUGUCCCUAGGAACAAUGCUGGAGCCGGCGGAGCAGGGCCCAGUGUUGUUGUGUUAUUCAUGUCAUCUGCGUUGCGCACCGAAGGAAGAAAGUCAGUCGGCGUGUUCACGUUUACGCUCCAGUUUGGAAACAUGGAGCACACGUUUUCAUUCACGUACUCGGAGUUUGAGGAGAUCCACACGCGAUUGACGGCAGCUUUCCCUGGGAUCACAUUGCCCAAGUUCCCGUCGAAGCAUCGCUUGCGUAACAACACAAAACCAGAGAACAUGGAGAAGCGUGCGCAGGAAUUCCGUCUGUAUUUGCAGCAGUUGGUGGCGUUACCUGGAGUGCUGUCAAGCGAGCGGUUCCAGUUUGAGUACCACAUCGACGGUGCUUUUGCGCGUGCACUGGCGAACCAGAAGCCAAACGCGAGUGCUACGAAUGGUUCUCAAUCCAUCGGACGACCUCCAAGAAGCCCAGUAGCACCUCAGCCCAGGAAGGAACAGACAGUAUUGUCUACGUCAUCUCGAAGCGAUAGUCUCCCUCGAGCUGCCAAACCAAAGGUAUCGAAGGGGCUAUUUGGUUUGGAUUCCGAUCCAGAGUCGGACUCAGACACAUCGGUUGAUACUCCGAAGCCAAUGACACGACAGCGACGUGAAUCUGCAGCGUCAUCAACACAACGGAGGAAGUCCAGAACAUCGGACUUUUCCAGCAGUGUUAUCAGUUCGGUUGCUGAAGAUACGCAGCGUGGCAAGAAGACUCGAUCACGUUCACGACUGAGCUCUCGAGCGAGUUCCAGGGCGAGCUUUGCACCUCCUCCACCACCUGCAGAACCUCCAAAACCAGCACUAACGGGGUUGCCAUCUGGACGUCCGAACCCGUUCGCUGGUGGUCGUGGUGAUCUGUUGGCAGCGAUUCGACAGGGUACUCAGCUUAAGAAGACCAGCUCUGGAGACUCGGCGGGUGACAGCUCGUCUGGCGGUGCAUCAACCGCCGCAAAACCUCCGCCGCCACCAGCACUCACACAACCAGGCUCAAUCAAUGAAGCCAUCACGAAUGCCAUGGCCAUGCGGCGCAUCCACGUCGAGUACGAGGAAACCAAGUCGGACGCCGACUCGGACUCGGAUGAUGACUGGGAUUAAAUUGCUCUCGGAUCAAGUGGAGUGAUGGAGGCUCAGCAAACCUACCUAUGCGGGCUCCAUCGGAAGAGCACGACGAUGAAAGGCAUGAAAGCGAGAGCAUAAUAACGUUAUAGUAUGUACGACGCCGAGAUGGCGGCAAGGAGUGGUGGCUAGUGGCUGCCGAGCAUUUCUGAUUAGAAUUGGCAUUGAAUGAACAAGUAAAUCGUUGGAUAGGCUUGACACCUUAUGGGGUUGCUUUAGCUCAUUGCUCGUCCUUUGGGAUCACGAUGCUGCCCUCGAAUUUGCCGGGAG